AUGCACUUCAUUCAUUUUGCCCUCUUCUUCUUCUUCCAACUGAGUAACACUCAAACUACUGAAGCACAAACGGUGCAAACAGAGCCGGAUUUAUCAAUGACAAAAAUAAGUGAGGAACAACAACAGCAUAUUUUAAUCGACGACGAAAUUGAAAAAUCACCAGAAUCAUUGGAUUUAUCAGCUUCAGAAAAGAAAUUAAAAUUAAAAAAAAUAUACCAUUUUUUUGUCAUAGAGGCGCUUAAAAAACGAAUAGAAUUAUCGAAGUUACUUUCUCAAGAAAAGAAAGCUAAGGAAGAUGAGCUGACAAUGAUAAGAUAUGGAAAGAAAUUUAAAUGUAGCAUAUGUCAGAAGGUGACGAAAAGAUUUAGUGAACAUAUGAUGCAUCAUCCCAAUGUAAAGAAAUAUAUUUGUCCUUUGUGCAAGAAAUCAUUCAGUCAUUCAUGGACUAUAAAGCGUCAUCUGGAAAAAUUUCAUACUAUUUAA